CUGGAUUCGCAGGCCUGGCGCAUGUGAAUCGAUAAUCGGUCAUCGGCACAGUUCGAAUGCACUGCAACCAGCGGCUGCGAGUGGGGUCGGGUUCCUAUACAUACACCCAGGCUUGUUCUGUUUUGGGAUGACGGUGGUUGGUGGCAUUGGCAUCUUGGCUUCGAUUCCUCGACCAGCCUUCAUUUGGGUUCCUCAUAUCUGCCCGCAUCCUGAGCAACGGCUUCGAUUGCUCGUCCCUCCCCGUCGGAACAAACGGCCAGACCCUGAGCGCUCUGCACACGAAACCACCAUGUCGCGCAUAAAUCACACUCCCGAGGAAUUGUCGACCGCGCAGGACCCGCGACGCGUGGUUUUGAUCACUGGCUGUUCCGAAGGCGGUAUUGGAUACGAGCUUGCCGUCGCCCUAGAUAGUACAUCCAGUUACCGCGUCUUUGCUACGGCCCGAAAUAUGGAGAAGAUGCGCACCCUGCCGCUUACCAUUGAGCGGAUCAACAUGGAUGUCUCAGACCAGGAGAGUGUCGACCAUGCGGUGGAAGAUGUGAUACGCGCGGCGGGCAGAAUCGAUGUCCUCGUCAACAAUGCCGGUGUCAACACUGGCGUUGGGCCCGCGGUCGAAGUCAGCGUCGAUCGCUACACCCAGACUUACGACGUGAACGUCUUUGGACUUUUGCGCGUCACCCAGGCUGUGGCAAAGCACAUGAUCCCUUACGCUCGUCAGCAAGGUACGGCCAAAGCCGGUAUGAUCGUCAACAUCGGCUCCAUCGUCGGCUAUCUUGCGCUUCCUUACUCCGCGGCGUACAACUCAUCCAAGGCUGCUGCCCACUCGAUCAGCGACGCCAUGCGACUCGAGCUGGAACCGUUUGGCAUUAAAGUCAUCGUCGUCGCACCGGGAAAGAUCAAGAGUCACUUUGGAGACAAGGGAGAGUCGGACAUCGACACCCCACCCGAUGGAGGCAACUAUGCCCACGUUUUAGAUCAAGUCAGGGCACGUGCGCAGAUCAGCCAGGUAGGUAACUCGAUGCCUGCGCGCAUAUUUGUGAAGCAAGUGGUCAAGCACAUGGAGCAGCACGGGAGCCUGGGCGAUGGAAAGAGUUUGGGCCGCAAAGGCGCUUAUCUCACCGUGGGCCCCGCUAGCUCGAUGGCCUGGACCUGUUGGUAUCUUCCACCUUUCCUUAAGGAUGCUCUUAUCAAAAGGGUGUUCAAGCUUUCCAAGAUUGGGCACUUCCCGUCUCAACAGAGUAAGAAGCUUAAUUGAGACUAUAGUCCAAAUCGCUUGUCAAACCAGCAAUCACUUUUAAUUGUCUAUGUUCGCUUGUCUCUAUAUGGAAUCCAGCAUUUGUAAACAUGUGGAGAGAAAAUCAUCGCAUGUGCGCGCC